AUGAUCUCCUUGCUAUCUCUAUUAACACUGGUGUAUCCGCUCUACACCACCUUUGUUACACUCCGUUCCCUCCAUGAUGCUGCGGGGACAAAUAUCGCCUCAUUAACUGACACCGUCCCCAUCAGCACCAAGUUGGCUACCAAGGUUGCCGAGUUGAUGGUGUUUUGGAUUCUAAUGACACUGUGGUUGUCUGUGCUGAAAAUGAAAGUGGUGUCUUUCAUAAUUUCCAUUAUUCCACUCUCGUGGAUACCGAUAUUGUACAUUCAACUAUGGUUAGGCCAUGACAUAGUUCCUACUACAACUUUGAAUUGUUAUACAAGUGGCUCUUCGAUUAUAUACCACUAUUAUUUCGACAACAACAUGAGAUGUUGGAAUCUGCUCAACAAAGAGGUGUGGCGACUGUUGGGUAUUGUUGGACUGAAACUCAUCUCACUGGUGGAAUAUACCCCCAUUGCCCUAUUGAUCAACCUCAAUGACUAUAGGACAAUGUUCAAGCAAGGACAGGACGGAGAGUCCUUGUACGAUGUCUUUGCCAAUUGGAUGACUACGGGCGAAGACACAACCAUUGGAGAAACCAUCAUAUGUGGACUAUUGGCUCCAAUGGGGUACAAGUAUAAGGGUUCCAAGAUUCCACAAAGUACCGGCAUGACAUGUGUCAAUCAACAGAGUAGCACGGCUCAGCAAACACACACGCAGAGCAAGACUCCCUCUCCCGCUGGAAGUUUUGACGACUUCACCCUAGUCUCGGAGAACGACAUCGUUAUCAACAAGAGAAGAGACGGGUCUAGUCUCUUGCACAGCAUACGCCGUGUAUCUGGAGAGAUGUCCAAACGCUUCUCCAAACAAGAAUAA